AUGCGGACUAUAACUCAACGUUGUACCCAAAUCGUUGAAUUGGAGCUAGAUCUUGAGGAAUUCGUCCGUCCAGACCACCUGGAGUAUAUACAGGCACGUCGCGAAGCGUUGUCUUCUUUAGUCGAUUCUAUUCCGAAGAGCCUAAGAGUGCUACUCUAUCAAGGACAUGAUGAUGCCCCGUGGAAACCGGCCAUGUCCCCACUCAAUGUCAUCCCUUCUGGUGUUGAUAGUGUGAGCUCCAAUUUACGAGAUCUCAGUAUUUACCUUCAGCAACUGAAGUUGGUGAACACCACUAUCGCAUAUGACUUUUUGUGUCCUUUGGAUGAAAAAGGUCAGCCUAAACCGGGUUCUUUGCAGUUGAACUGGCCCUACCUAGAGGUAUUAGAACUUGAGGGUAUACCACCUUGGCUUCCUUUAGGAGAACCAACUUAUCAUAACACACCGGAAGACCAAAGCGAAAUCGACGAGAUUGAAAAUUGGGAAGACGUGAUAUGCGAUGUCGAAGCGGGAUGGGGCUGGCCGGAAUUACCGACUGAAGAACAUUUCCAUCGACUUCUCAUAUCGCUCGGCUAUGCGGCCCAGCGCAUGCCCCGUUUAAAGAACGUGAAAAUUGAGGUGGAGAGCCAUCGCCAGUUUACCUUCUGUCUCCAGAACAAGGCCGACCAGAUUAUCUUGAAAUGA